GCACAGCGAGGAACACUCGCAGGUACCUCCUGAGUGCAGGCACCCCCGGGAAGGGAACACGCCCUCGGCCGCAGCCCGCCUGGCCCGGGCCUUGGGUAACCUCGGUUCCGGGGCGGCGGCCAGAGUCCGCGGUGCCCUCCACUCGGCUGGCCCCCACCCUCCCGCGCGCGGCCCAGUGCACGCACGCCGGUUCCGCCGCCCGGGCGCUCCACAGCCGCGGCUCUGCUCUCCACCGCGCCGUCCCGCCCGCGCCCCCGGCCUCUAGGACGGUUCUCCAGCUCUUCCACAGCUUCUUUCCCAUCCGGAGAAUGGGUGACUCGGCCUCUAAGAUCUUGAGUCCCGCGGAGGCCCUGCCGGGCCGGAAGGAGUCAAUCACCGUAGCGGCCAAACAUCAUGUCAAUGGCAAUAGAACAGUCGAACCUUUCCCAGAGGGAGCACAGAUGGCUCUAUUUGGAAUGGGCUGUUUCUGGGGAGCUGAAAGGAAAUUCUGGACCCUGAAAGGAGUUUAUUCAACUCAAGUUGGUUAUGCAGGAGGCUACACUUCCAAUCCUACUUAUAAAGAAGUCUGCUCAGGAAAAACUGGCCACGCAGAGGUAGUCCGAGUGGUGUUCCAGCCAGAACACAUCAGCUUUGAGGAACUGCUGAAGGUCUUCUGGGAGAAUCAUGACCCGACCCAAGGCAUGCGCCAAGGCAACGACCACGGCUCGCAGUACCGCUCGGCCAUCUAUCCGACCUCCGCCAAGCACCUGGAGGCAGCCCUGAGGUCCAAAGAGGACUACCAGAAGAGCUCAAACUCCCUUCCUGAUUCUGCUGACCCUUCACACCAACAUAUAUUCACUGCUCUCCAGCCCUGCUCAGUCACGUGCUGUUGUGGAAAUAAAGGAAGACCACCAAAUGUGCACGGGCCGUGGCUAUUCAGAAUGGUUUACAACAAGGGAGUCGGCCACCAUCACUUGCGUUUGGCAGAGACUCCAAGAAGAGUGGGAGUGGGAAAGCUUCAUAACAGGAAAACGGGGAAGGUUCUUUCAGAGCAUGGCUAUGGCCCGAUCACGACCGACAUCCGGGAGGGGCAGCCCUUCUACUACGCAGAGGAUUACCACCAGCAGUACCUGAGCAAGAACCCCGACGGGUACUGCGGCCUUGGGGGCACUGGAGUGUCUUGUCCACUGGGUAUUAAAAAAUAAUUUCUCCCUGUGUGGCCAGCCCUUGAGGUCACAGCAGAAGCGCUUUCAACAAAUUGGGCGAUUCUUUUCUGGCUCACAUCAGUGGCUUUUUGGAGUACACAGGGCACAGAGGCACUCCUCAAAAUCUUCAUUGAGGUAUGAUUUACACGAAGUGCAAUGGCAAGUUGAUAACAUGUCAUUUAUCUUCUGAUAAGUUCUGGUGGGGGUGGAGCUGUGAUAUUUGCGGGGCCACUUGGAACCUGAAUGAGGAUCAUGGAUGCACUGUCACCCUUGUGCCUGCAGCUGCCUUGGAAGCUAGGGAAUAAAGCUGGAGAUCGCUGGGAUGGGCAGGGAAUGUUGGAAGUCCUUUAUCUGUGCCCUGUCCCCCCUCUCUUGCCCUCCUGCCCUCCAGUGCCUUAAAAUUUGUAAACAUUUACAGCCUCAAUGAAUCAUUCACUUUGCUCUCUUGAUCCUGUCUUCCCCUCCCUUUUCAGCCCUCCUGGGGCAGAGAAAAGAUGUGAGUUUCGCUUAAUGAAUUCCGACGCUUUGCUUAGAGCUCUGAGAAAUGCGUGUUCUAAUAAAAGUCUAGAACCUGAUAAUACAAGCAGCC